ACCGUUCGCAGUCCGGCAAUGGCGAGCUAGAGCCGAGGAAGGAAGAGGGAGAGAGAGUCAUUCGAAUCCGAUGCAAUCCUGCGUGCAGGCGGCCAGAAUGACAAUAAAACUCGGUGGAGCAUAAUCUACGGCGUUUAACGUGUCGUCUGGUGCGGAUAUUGUCGGGGUGCGUUUGGAAAGGAGCGAGAAAAGUGUUGGUGAAAAUCCCUCUGUCAGAGAGACUGAGAACAGACAGACACACAGAGGGAGAGAAAUAGAGUUUCCCUGAGUAACCGGGUUAAAAUCAAACUCACACAGUGGGCACCGGGCGAACCCCAUCAUGGAACUCAGAGUGGGAAACAGGUACCGACUCGGCAGGAAAAUCGGCAGCGGCUCCUUCGGAGAUAUUUACCUGGGAACUGACAUUGCUGCAGGAGAGGAGGUGGCCAUUAAGCUGGAAUGUGUGAAAACCAAACACCCACAGCUACAUAUUGAGAGCAAGAUAUACAAGAUGAUGCAAGGAGGUGUUGGCAUUCCCACUAUCAAGUGGUGUGGUGCAGAGGGCGAUUACAAUGUGAUGGUAAUGGAGCUGCUUGGACCAAGUCUCGAGGAUCUCUUUAAUUUCUGCUCUCGUAAAUUCAGCCUUAAGACAGUCCUGCUCCUCGCUGAUCAGAUGAUCAGCAGAAUUGAAUACAUUCAUUCGAAGAAUUUUAUCCAUCGCGAUGUGAAACCUGAUAAUUUCUUAAUGGGGUUGGGAAAGAAAGGCAACCUGGUCUAUAUUAUUGACUUUGGGCUAGCAAAAAAAUACCGGGAUGCACGAACGCACCAACAUAUACCAUACCGUGAGAAUAAGAACCUUACAGGAACAGCUCGAUAUGCUUCGAUCAAUACCCAUUUGGGAAUAGAACAAAGUCGUCGUGAUGAUUUGGAAUCUUUGGGCUAUGUUCUCAUGUACUUUAACUUAGGAUCAUUGCCUUGGCAAGGCCUAAAGGCAGCAACAAAAAGGCAGAAGUAUGAACGCAUUAGCGAAAAGAAAAUGUCAACGCCAAUUGAAGUGCUCUGCAAAGGUUACUCAUCUGAAUUUGCCACAUACUUGAACUUCUGCCGUUCCCUACGUUUUGAUGACAAACCAGACUAUUCCUACUUGAGGCAAUUAUUUCGCAACCUCUUCCACCGCCAAGGCUUCUCCUAUGACUAUGUCUUUGACUGGAACAUGCUCAAGUUUGGAGCCAGCAGAGCUGCCGAUGAUGAUCGCGAACGGCGAGAGCGAGAGGAACGCAUGAGGCACGGCCGAAAUCCAGCAGCACGGGGAUUACCUUCAACUGCUUCUGGAAGGCUUAGAGGAAAUCAGGAAGUGGCACCACAGACACCCCUCACCCCCACGUCCCACACUGCUAACACAUCUCCACGCCCUGUCUCUGGUAUGGAACGGGAGCGAAAAGUGAGCAUGAGGUUACAUCGUGGCGCUCCUGUUAAUGUUUCGUCAACAGAUUUAACCGGACGUCAAGACACAUCACGAAUGUCAACAUCACAAAAUAGCCUCCCUUUCGAGCAUCAUGGCAUGUAGCUGGUCCAAACGCACUGAAGGCAGCACUGGAUCCCAGCCCGGGUGACUUCCAGCGGCAUCCAUUCCACUGUUCCUCGAUGAAAAUGACUCACCAUGGAGGGUGGACAAUGCAUGGCUGAUGUCCCAUUCUAACCUUGAAACUUGUGACCCCCCCUCCCCACACCCCCCACAAAGUAAACCAACAAAAUGAAGCUCUCGAUGCCUUUAACUUAAAUGCAGAAGGAAAACUUUUUUUUAAAUGUUUUCUUUAAGAACACCUUCGCAAGGAGAUCUUUUGCCUGACUGCAGUGUAAAAUACAAGUUAAAAGAUCUGUGCCAGCUGCUUCAGUAGCAAGGGCUCUAAAGACGGUUUACAGAAUUGACCGCAUAUAGAAUAGAUAUCGCCAUCCCUUCUCCUUCCAUGAUUGGCAUUAUGUAGCCUUUUAUUACUCUACUGUACAACUGUAGACCUUUACUUGGUUUAAAUAUUUUGUAACAGCCUGCUAAAAUUGAAAGCAGAAUCUAUGUAGAUAAGUAGAAUGUUGUCCUGCUUUUAUGUAUGUGAUGCUCUUAUCGGUUUGAGAAUUGAAAUGGAGAUUGAUUGACUUGAAAUCCCCUAGCAAUAGGGUUGGAAAUGUGAGUUUGUGAAUUUAAAAGCAGCUGAUUUUAUUUAAAGCUUUCUCCAGUCUUUUGUAUUAAACUUGAGUUUAAAAAUGUUUUCUUCUUUGGUAGCACACUGUACCAAUUAAUGUUUUUGAAUUAUUAUUUAGGUUGUUUGUGCACUUUUAACUUCCACAUUUUAUUUUUUUAUCAUAAUAAAAACUGAACACUGGUGCCAGUAGCCGUUUUCUAUCUUGUGGCAGAGGCUGCCAACAUACCAGGCAGAAGCAAUGACGAGUAACAUGGCAGUGCCAAAGUCCAACAGAAAAUGUGACCGUAAAAAUCAAAAUGUGGAAGAAUAAAGUAAAAAGUAAUGGUAAA